UAAUCAUCUGCCUUCUGUGGCAAAUAUGUGCAAGUGCCCAAGGUCAGCGUACAGCUCCACACGUCCUUACCUCAAGUAUAACACCAAAUUUUCCAUCACGUAGCAGCAUGGAAUUGGAUGCAUUAAAAGAAAGUCAAAAACGUAUUGCAGUAGGUACCGAACGCUUUGCCUUGGAAUUUUGGAAACGUAUGUCCGAUAAACAUCUAGAGGUGCCUAGAAGAAAUUAUAUGAUAUCACCGUUUGCUGUAUGGUCAUUGCUGUUGCUAUUGGCAGAGGGUGCAGGUGGUAAUACCCUGAAAGAAUUUCAGGAUACACUACAUUUAGAUCCCGAUCAUCGUGCCAUACGUUUGGCCUAUAAACAAAUUGCACAGCAAUUGGCGGUUAACACUUCCACCAUUGAGGUAGCCUCAUUCCAAGCCCUAUUCACCGACAUGUAUCGUCCAGUCAAUCGUGAUUAUGAAAAUUUGGUAACACGCGUUUAUGAAGCGGCAUUGAUACCAGUAGACUUUAACGAUGUCAAUAGGACAGUUAACCAAAUCAACGAAGACAUAAGCAUGGCCACACGAGGACUUCUGCCGUAUAGUGUACAACCACAGGAUUUCAAAAAUGCAGCUUUGCUAAUGAUUUCGGCUCUGUAUUUUAAGGGUAAAUGGAAGUUCCCCUUCGAUCCCGCCCAAACAAUUUCAGCACCAUUCUACGAUGAAAGUGGCAAAGUGCUAGGAAAUGUCCAAAUGAUGACCCAAGUUGGAUCAUUUAAUUAUGUCAACAUGAAAACACUGGAUAGUUAUGUUCUGGAGCUACCCUAUGGCAAGGAAGAUCGUCUAUCAAUGUUAGUUAUAUUGCCAAAGAGAUCCGUCAGCUUGAACAGUGUUAUUGGUAAUUUACACAAAAACGGCAUUAAACCAAUUGUUGACGAGCUAAACAAGGUUGCCGCCAUGAAUGCCGAAGAAGAAAUAGAAGAUCAAGUUGAAGUAUUUCUACCCAAAUUCCGUUAUUCUUCGCACUUUACACUGAGACCCGUUUUGACAGAAAUGGGUAUUAUUGAUGCCUUUGAACCGGCUGCUGCAAAUUUGGAAAAUAUGGCGAAGAAUAUGUAUGUUGGCAGCAUCUUCCAAUCGACUCGAAUCAUUGUCAAUGAAGAGGGUACUGAAGCAGCUGCCGUAACUACAGCAGUUUUAGUUAAUAAAGCCUCGCCAACAAAAUUCUAUUUGGAUCGUCCAUUCGCCUAUGUGAUAGUGGAAAAGACUUCGGGAUUAUUGCUAUUUGCCGGCGAAGUGAAAUCGCAUGAAUUUAAUUAG